ACUCGACGGUAGACAACAAUACUACAGUGGCAACUUUGCAUCUGUAAUUUCUGAUCACAGCACACAGCCGUCAACAGCUCCCAAGUCGUAGCCGAUCAAACAGAAACAAUUCAAUCUGGUGAAGAAUGCCUUGGGGCCCUACAUGGAGAGCCAACAUAGAGAGAUUGUCAAAAGAAUUUAGGAGAUGGCACCAUCUUUUAGCUGAGUGAUAUCUUUUACCACUCUCAAAGGGGAAGGUGCAGGGUUCAAGUUUCGGAAAAGUACCCUCAAAUGGUUCACAGAGAUGCAUUUUUUUCUUUUUAGCUAUUUUUUAAUAUCUUUCUUUAUUAUUAUUAUUAUUUUAAAAAAAAAUUAAUUGGAUGUCUUCUUAAUAGAAAGGGAAGCUAUGAUCGUGGCCUUAGUUCCGAUCUGCCGAUUGUAGGGAAUUUCUUAAUUGAGUUGUAUACUCUAUUCAAUAAUUGGAGGAUAUUUGGCCAUAUGACUUCCAUGAAGGUGAGAUCAUCUGUGAAGAAGAUGUGUGAGUUUUGUAGGACAGUCAAACGUCGUGGGCGAGUAUACAUAUAUUGUUCAUCUAACCCCAAGCACAAGCAAAGACAGGGAAUGUCAACAUUUGCAUAUGAAGGGCUACCACCUCCCCAGUUCUUGGAGGCAAGUGAAAAGCAGGAGACUUCCGUCAAUCGCGGGUUCCAUGGUGCUCUGCCUGCUGUUUUACCCGGCAAGAAUGUACCCUCUAUGAUAUAUGGGUGGAGAGCAAGUUUGGCAUCUUUGCUGUUCAAACAAGGCAAUAAGCAGUAGAAGAUACAGCUGGGGAACUGUUAGUUGAUGUUAUAACAUGCAGUUCCUAUUUUAGGCCUCCUUGGAUUGCAUUUUGGUUGUUACUAGUUCUUUUGUACUGAUUGUUCUAUGUUUUUUUUCCCCGACUCUCUUAUGUUAACAUGCCUCUACGAAAAAGAAAACACCGGAAACAACUUGGGCAUCCUGCUGGUGCUCAUGAAAUAUCAGGAAUUUUGGAUUGUGCAAAACCCGUUUUUCUUUUAUCUUCUUGUAAAUGAGAGAAAUUAUGAUUCUGGAAUUUAAUCCUUCUUAUCGCAAACUAUUAUAUUUCAACAGAA